AUGUGGAAAAUUGCGAAUUUGGUGUGGGAGGGGGAAGGGUGGCCAGAAGAGUGGAAAACGGGCUUAAUAGUUCCAAUUGUAAAAAAGGGGGAGGGAGGGAAGGUGGAAGAUUAUAGGGGGGUAACUCUGAUGCCUGUCGGGUAUAAGGUGUAUGCGGAGGUGGUUAGGAAAAGGUUGGAAGAAGUGGUGGAAAGAAUGGGGUUAAUUCCGCAUAAUCAGACAGGAUUUAGGGAAGGGAUGGGGACGGUAGAUAAUAUAUACGCAUUAAAUUUUUUGGUAAACAGAAGCAUUAAAAAGGAGAAAGGUAAAUUAGUGGCGGUGUUUGUUGAUUUUAAGGCGGCCUUCCCAUCGGUUAACAGGGGGAUUUUGUGGAAGACUUUGAGAGAUUUUGGUAUAGGGCAGGGGUUUAUAGAGAGAAUUAAGGAAUUUUAUGAGGACACCAGGGAAAAGGUUAAAAUUGGGGAAGAGUUGGGGGAGGAGUUUUGGUUGGGUAGGGGGUUAAGGCAGGGCUGCCCCCUUAGUCCAAUCUUGUUUAAUUUGUUAAUGGCUGACUUAGAGGAGAAAAUGGAAAGAAAAGGUAAAGGGGGAGUGAUUCUGGGAAAAAGACGUGUGUAUGUACUAGCGUAUGCGGAUGAUGUAGUGUUGAUGGCUGAGAAUGAAAGAGGGAUGAAACUGUUGAUGAAAGAAUUUGAAGGAUACGUCAGAAAGAAAGAUUUAUGUGUGAAUGUGGAGAAGACAAAAGUGGUGAGAUUUAGAAGGAUAGGGGAGGUGGAGGAGGUGGAAUGGAAGCUAAAUGGAAGAAGAGUGGAAGAAGUGAAUGAGUUUUGUUAUCUGGGUUAUUGGUUUAAUUGGAACGGGGAGCAAGAGUUAAAUAUUGAAAGAAGAAUAGAAAAAGGGGGAAGGGUGAUGGGACAGGUAUGGGGAAUUGGGGAGAGGAGAUUUAAGAAUGAUUGGAAGAAGCGUGUAUGGUUGUUUGAUGCUUUGGUAUGGGCGGUGAUUAGUUAUGGAGUGGAAGUAUGGGGGUGGGGUGAGAUUGGAAAGGUUGAAAGUUUGCAUGAAAGGUUUUUAAGAUGGACUAUGGGGGUAGAUAGGAAUUGUCCGGGAUACAUGUUAAGGGAGGAAUUGGGAAGGGAAAAGGUUGUAUUGAGGCAAAGGAAGAGGGCAAUGGGAUUGGAGGAGAAGUUGGAGCUGGGAAGAGGGAGUGACAUCGCGAGAGAGUGUUUGAGGAUGGUUAAGAAAGGGAAAGCAAUGAGAAGGAAAGAUAUUCCAAGAUGGGAGAGAGAAAGAGGAGAUGCGUUGGAGGAGGGAAGGAGAUGGGGCGGAAAUGAGAGGGAGGUGAUGGAGGGUUGGAAGAAAAAGGAUGAGAAUGAGAGGUGGAGCAGGAUAGUGGAGUCAAAAUAUAAUAGAUGGUAUAGGAUGGUGAGGGGAGAGAAGGAGCCGGGGUAUUUAGGAAAAAUGAAAAAGUAUGAAAGUUGGAAUAGAUUGUGUAGGUUUAGAAUGGGUGAAGGAGUGAAAGAGUGUAGGUAUUGGAUGGAUGAUGAAGAGAAAAUGUGUAGGAUGUGUGGGUUUCAGGUAGAAGAUUGGAAGCAUGUUUUGGAGGAAUGUAUGGGGGAAAUUGAAGUGGGAGGGGUGGAGGGAGGGAUAGGGGAUAAAAUUAAGUGGAUUUUGGAUGAGAAUGGGAAAGGGGAAAAAUGGAUAGAAAGAUUAGAAAGAAUGAGAGAAGAGAGAAUGUAUUAG